UUAAUCAAUUGUUAUAUUAAUUUAAUUGCUAAGUCUCAUUUGUAAAUAUAAUUAUGCAUAAUGUUUUGUGAUUAAGUGAUUUAAAUGCAUUGCUAUUAUUUACAGAUUUUCCGGCCGGAAUAGCGCAAUACCCAUUCUAUAUGAUGGAUCGACCAUGGGCUAUGAAUUUGGGAUCUAUUGGGAUGAUAAUGGCUCACGAGAUGACACACGCACUCGAUAUCCAGGGAAGUCUCUAUGACUUUAAGGGAGAUCUAAGAAACUGGUGGUCAGAGAGCGCUCGCAAGACUUUUACUGAUAAAAGUCAAUGUUUUGUCAAUCAGUAUAAUUCCUAUCGCUUUCCCGAACAGAAUAUGACGGUCAAUGGGAGCCUAACAUUGGGUGAAAAUAUUGCCGACAACGGCGGUAUACGUGAAGCAUAUCGGGCACUAAAAGCGUAUCAAAAGCAAAGGUCGGGACAGUUUGAGAGAUUGCCCGGAAAAAUGGAUCAAUUUGACGAAGAGCAAUUGUUUUUCAUAUCAUUUGCUAACAUGUGGUGUUCAAACAAUUUGCCAAACGCUGUGAAGAAGACCCUGGAGUCCGGCGCCCAUCCGCCGGAGUCGGUGCGAGUCGACGGUUCGUUAGCCAACUUCGAUAAGUUUUCGGACGCCUUUCACUGCAAACCGGGAUCUAAAAUGUUUAGACAACCAGAAGAGAGAUGUAUUCUCUGGUGAUUGAGAGCCCAUUGUAUAAGUCUUUUAAAUAAUUUUAAAUUUCUAAAUAAAA